CUAUUCUGUAUAGCUAAUGCUACGUAAUGCUAGCUCGUUCUAUAGCCUGCAUCUUCCUGCGCGACCCAAGACACCCAAACACAAGAAGCUGCUUUCAGCCCGCAUACAAUAAGUCUUUAAUCCCGUUUUGUUAAUGGUUUAAGUAAUGUAGAAUGGCGUCGUGUUUUGGGAAGAUUGUCGUCGGUACGUAUGUGGAGAUAAAGCGCAGUGAUGGACGAAUACACCAGGCAAUGGUGACCUCGCUGAAUGAGGACAACGAGAGUGUCACAGUGGAGUGGAUAGAAAAUGGAGACACAAAAGGCAAAGAGAUCGACUUGGAGAGUAUAUUUGCACUUAAUGCAGAUGUGGCUCCAGAUGAGGAAAUGGCCCCAAGUCCAGAGACUCCACCCCCACCUACACCCACAAGUGUGAAGAUCAAUAAAAUUGCCAAGAAUCGUCGGACAAUAGCCCCUACUAAGAAUGACACUCCGUCCAAGGAUAAUAGAGGGAUUCCGACCCGGGCCAGACAACCACAACCACAACCACCAGAACCUGCACCUGCACCACCCACAUCCCUGCAGCCUACACAGCUCACUCAGGCUCAGGCUCAACAGCAACUGCAGAAUGAAUCCUCAGAUCCCCCGAUAUCCAGAAAGGAGUCGGUACAGCUUUCGAGGAGGAAGUCAAACUGCGUGAAGGAAGUGGAGAAACUGCAGGAGAAGAGAGAGAGGCGCCGGAUUCAGCAGCAGGAGCUCAGGGAGAAAAGGGCUCAAGAGGUGGAUACAACCAUUCCCAACUAUGAGAUCAUGUACAUGAUUCGAGAUUUCCGGGCCAGCCUCGACUACCGGCCGCUGACCACAGCAGAUCUGAUUGAAGAGCACAAAAUAUGUGUUUGUGUGAGGAAACGUCCUCUCAACAAGAAAGAGUUGGCCAUGAAGGAUUUGGAUGUGAUUACCAUCCCCAGUAAGGAUGUGGUGAUGGUUCAUGAACCAAAACAAAAAGUGGACCUGACCCGCUAUCUGGAAAACCAGACCUUCCGCUUCGACUACGCCUUCGAUGACAGCACCGCCAACGAGAUGGUUUACAGGUUCACUGCCCGACCUCUAGUGGAGACCAUCUUUGAGAGGGGCAUGGCCACCUGCUUUGCAUAUGGCCAGACGGGCAGUGGAAAAACACAUACUAUGGGGGGAGAUUUCUCCGGGAAGAACCAAGACUGCUCUAAAGGAAUUUAUGCAUUAGCUGCUCGGGAUGUAUUUCUCAUGUUGAAGAAACCCAACUACAGGAAGUUAGAUCUACAGGUGUACGCAACCUUUUUUGAAAUCUACAGUGGAAAGGUUUUUGACCUGCUGAAUCGGAAAGCUAAGCUGAGGGUGCUGGAGGACGGGAAGCAGCAAGUCCAGGUGGUUGGGCUUCAGGAGAAGGAUGUCAAGUGCACGGAGGAUGUCUUGAAACUCAUAGAAGUGGGCAACAGCUGCAGAACAUCAGGGCAGACGUCAGCCAACGCGCACUCCUCUCGCAGCCACGCCGUCUUCCAGAUCAUCCUCCGGAGGAAGGGGAAGAUGCACGGCAAGUUCUCCCUCAUCGACCUCGCGGGCAACGAGCGGGGAGCUGAUACAUCAAGUGCUGACCGCCAGACCCGUCUGGAGGGAGCCGAGAUCAACAAAAGCUUACUCGCCCUCAAGGAGUGCAUCAGGGCCCUCGGCCGUAACAAGCCUCACACUCCGUUCAGAGCCAGUAAACUGACUCAGGUCCUACGGGACUCUUUCAUCGGAGAGAACUCACGCACAUGCAUGAUUGCAACAAUCUCCCCCGGUAUGACAUCCUGUGAGAACACCCUCAACACACUACGCUACGCCAACAGAGUGAAGGAGUUUGGGAUUAGUCCGUCUGACAUCCCCUUCUCCCAGGGGAGUCGCACUGAUCACUCGCCCACCAAUACCUUUGACUAUGAUGACUUUGCUGCUACCUCUCCCAGCAGAGUGAAGGAGCUCACCGUGGACACCAACCAAGUGAUGGAGGGGGGUCGACCCAACAUCCAUGCUGUCAACCAGCUGGAUCUUUUAGACGAGGAAUGGCUGAGUAUGUCGCCGCAGAGAGAUGACCUCAAACUGCUCUGUGAGCAGAAUGAGGAGGAAGUGUCCCCACAGCUCUUUACUUUCCACGAGGCAGUGUCUCAGUUAGUGGAGAUGGAGGAGCAGGUCCUGGAGGAUCACCGAGCUGUUUUCCAGGAGUCCAUCAGGUGGCUGGAGGACGAAAAGGUACUGCUGGAGAUGACCGAGGAGGUGGAUUAUGACGUGGAGUCAUACGCAACUCAACUGGAGCAGAUCCUGGACCAGAAGAUCGACAUCCUCACUGAGCUCCGAGACAAAGUGAAGUCUUUCCGCUCUACACUCCAGGAGGAGGAGCAAGCGAGUAAGCAGAUCAAUCCCAAGAGGCCCCGUGCUCUUUAGAGACUUGAAGAGGUGAAAUUGGCACAUACAGAAGCAAAAGCACUAGAUGUUCAGCACAACUUGAGCUGCCUCUAGCUGCUGUGAAGUUGGAAUAAAAGGACAGUCGGAUGUACCAACAUGCUCAAGAAUUUCAUUUAUUUUGAUCCCCCACUUAACAAAACUGGUCUGGUUAGAAAACCUAGGAAGGACAUUAGUUGUAUUUCCUUAAUGGAGGAUGUUUAGUCUCCUUUCUGUUCAUAUUAAAUUAUUUUCUUUUAUACUUGUUUGUACUUUCUUUGAACAGAAUAUUUUUUCCACCUGGUUUCAGAAGAGAUCGUAACACGUUUUUAAGGUUUACUUUACAAAACCAGUAUUCCAUUCCUGGUGGUCCUGGCUGACAUUUCUGCAUAUGCACUCUGAUCACCUACACACCCCACUGUCGUUGCUUUUUCAUGGUUUAGGCUCCUCAGUUGUCAUUGUGAAGUCGUAUUGUUAUUA